GGCCCUUUGUGCAGCUGGCAGAGCAUGCCCAGUAAGUACCAGUGUCUCGCGUCAGUCUGGAAGCUAGUGUCCGUGUAUGCAUAGUUGUACUAGGGAAUACACACCCUCUUGGAUAUAGGAAUUUCUGAGGUGCAGGCAGGUCACUAAUAACGAUUGAAUAUUGCAGGAAUUCAGGCUCCCGGUUGCACGUGGUUUCUGAGGGGAAGUCCAAAGGGGCUAAGGCUAAGCUUAGGGAAGUUGAAGAUCAGGAUAUAUGCUGCAACACCAAAAAGCAUGAGAAAUACAGUGUAGAAAUAAUGAAAGAAAGAUAAUUUCCAAGAAGAAAUCGAUAUAUUUCUGCCGUGUGCCAUGUACAGUGAUGACACUCAAGGACAGUGUUGUGUAGUGAUGGCACUCAGGAACACUGUCAUGUGCAGUGAUGACACUCAAGAACAGUGUUGUGUAGUGAUGGCACUCAGGAACACUGAGUGUCAUGUGCAGUGAUGACACUCAAGAACAGUGUGUUGUGUAGUGAUGGCACUCAGGAACACUGAGUGUCAUGUGCAGUGAUGACACUCAAGAACAGUGUGUUGUGUAGUGAUGGCACUCAGGAACACUGAGUGUCAUGUGCAGUGAUGACACUCAAGAACAGUGUGUUGUGUAGUGAUGGCACUCAGGAACACUGAGUGUCAUGUGCAAUGAUGACACUCAAGGACAGUGUUGUGUAGUGAUGGCACUCAGGAACACUGAGUGUCAUGUGCAGUGAUGACACUCAAGGACAGUGUUGUGUAGUGAUGGCACUCAGGAACACUGAGUAUCAUGUGCAAUGAUGGUACUCGAGUUAACUUAAAAUGUUUUGUUUAUUUUGCUUAGGAAUUAUAGUGAACAAAGAUGGAAAGAGGGACUCGAGUACAAUAAGAUAAAGAUGUGGAAAGAGAAAAGUGAGGAACCAAAAAUUUAUUAUUAAUGUGGAGGGUGAAGAAACCGCAGAAGCAGGGAAGAAGAGGGCAAAAAUGAGGUAAGACAACACGUUCCGAGACGAGAACUGAGAAACAGAUUGGUGAAGGAUAAUUGUAUAUUAUUCAGCUAAUAGAGCUGGGCACUCUGAGGAAAAUAAAAAUAAUACAAAUCACGAAGGAAAUAACAACGGAAAUGGAAGGGAGCUUUUGAAGGCAGACAGGCAGAUCUCUGAGGAUAAGAGAACUUACUAAUGCUUAAAGAGCAUAAAGUCAGUUGAAGCUAGAUAUGAGGAGUGUGUUAAGAUAGUUGUCAGGGUCUAUUACGGAGAUAUAAGUCAGGUAUCACCUAAGAGGAGAUGGGGCGAUGUGUCAUCUACUAGGAAGUUAGGUACUACCAAGAACUGAACAGAAACUAGAAAGACACGUGUCACCUAGAAAAAGUGACCAAGUGCAACACAGAAAGAGGACGGGCUAACUUAGAUACUACAACUAGAAAAUAUAUAAAAGCUAAUAUAUCAGCUAAGAAAUAUGUGCCAAAUGAAAAGAUUAAAAAAAAAAUCAUCAAACGAAAUUGUAAACUGUAAGUUAAGAGAAGAACAAGGGUAAGUGUAUCAGCUGGGAAAGAAAAAAAAGUAAUAAUCAGCUAGACGGAAAAAGGAGGAUGUUAGGGAGGUCAGCUGGCCUCAAGCCAGAUGUAGACGACUCCUCACAAUACCAGCUGAAAGAUGAGCCAACCAGCUGCAACCAUCGUCCCGGGAGACUCACAACACUUAAGUAGUGUUAGUAAGCUAGGAGAAGCUGCAAGGAAGUGGACGAAGCUAACAAUAAUUAGGUGAAAUGAAAGACAAACUGGUUUGUAGAGUGAAGUGGCAACAUUUUUGUGCUAAGAAGUGCUCAGAGUCAAGAAAGAACAGCUGGUACAUUCUAUGGAGGAAUGACGUUCAUGAUUAGUGAACAAAGGUCCUUCAAUGUAUAGGGAGUGCAUAAUAGUACUUUAAUACUGUUACGGGUUCUAGUCUUAGCUCCUGGCCCAGCCUCUCAACUCACGAAUUGGGACAUACUAUUUUAGCCACACGGAACCUAUUAUUCUUACUCUUAAAACUGUGUAUGGACUCUUGUUUCCAGCACUUACUCGUCCAGAUCGUUAGGUGUCCUAACUACUGUCAGACUGGAAAAAAGUACUUCCUGACAUCCCUGUAACACAUUUACGGCUGAUGAUAAUGUUAAGUGUAGACACGACAGUGCAGCUGUUGUGGGUGGGGACAUCAGCAGCUGCUGUAGUGAGCGGUGUGUGUGUACUGGCAGCCAUCAGUGGUAAUUCUUGGCUCACUUCUGAGGAAAGAAUUCCCAACCCCGCCUACAGGAACGGUUCUUCAAGAGUGGAGCAUCUUAGCAAGUACACUGUCAGCGGUCUCUUCACCCUGUGUACUACUGAAGUGGGCAAGACAGAGUUCAUAUGUACCAGGAUUGACUACUUUCCUUCAGAGAUGUACACCCCAGAUCCCCAGGAUUCAACUACUGCCAUCCUCUAUGCGGUGCUGAAGUCUGCAGGUUACCUGGUGACAGCGGUGGUGGUGCUCCUGGUGGCUGAAGUGUUGUGUAUCAUUGCUCUCUGCUCCAGCAGGCGACCAGCACUCAUCUUCCUCGCUGGAGUCACCUUCAUCCUUGCUGGUCUGGUGAUGAUGGUGGGUGUGGUGAUGUACAUUGCUACGCUCAAGGGAGAGGUUGGUGAUAAGUUGAAGGCUCGCUCCAUCUUUCAACUUCCUCGCUUCUCGUACAGCUACGGCUGGUGCUUCCUCCUACUGAUGCCAGCCUUCCUGGCCACCGAGACUGCCGGAAUGACUUCUAUAUUCCUCUACAUCUACUGGUACAAGCGAGAGUGGCACCGGAAGUGUGUACCUGGUGUAUGGGGUGGUCACUUCCCCCACCACCACCACGCCCCACGCCCACUCACCGCUCGUGCACCACCCACGCCCACAUCAUCCAGGUGUAGUGGUGAAAGAUACAUAGUAGAGUACGUGGCUGUGGAUCACCAUCCAGACACUCUACAUCACAGCCCCAACAACUACCCGAACCACGUCCCCAACCACUAUCCAAACCACAAUCACCUGCCCACACUCCCCAACCACCACCAGCAACACCUAGAGCAGCAGCAACAACACCAGCAUCAGCAGCAACACCAAGACCAGCAGCAACAUCACUACCAACAUCAGCAACCACGAAAACAUCAACACUCCAAAGGGUCACAGAUCUUGAGGAGUGACUCGUGUCCCCCUGUCUGGGAGAAGCCAACAGCUGCAGCCUCCUGCGGGAGACGUGGUGAGGGACGUUCCCUCACAGACCUGCACCAGGUGUGGAGGGGGGAGAUGACAAGGGAAGGAACACUUCCCCGGUCUCACCAUAGAAGAAGCACGUAUGGGGGCACCUCAUCGGAGGGGAAAACCCUGCCUAGGGUAGUCUCCAUGGAAGGAGGAAUGUUCAUGGGAUCCUCCAUGGAAGGAGAAAUGCCCAUUAGACCGUCCAUGGGAGAGGGACCCCCAGCUAGGGGAACCUCCAUGGAGGGAAGAACACUUCUUAGGGGAGCCUCCAUGGAGGGAGGUGCUGCCUUCGUGGAGGAUGGCCAAAGAUACAGUUCCCUGCCCCGGGGAGGUGCUGUGAGUUGGAACAUGGGAGGUUCCCCACCUGGCCCCGGCUUUCUAGCCACUACUACAGGUGGGUCAUGCCCCGCCUGUAUGCCUUACUGCGACUCUUGUUGUUAUUGCUGUUGUUGCCCUGUUAAUGUUGAAGGAAAUACUCGCAGCUGCUUGACCCGCCAAGCUGAGCCCACCCUUCCCAAGGGCGACUCUCCUUGGCUACCCAUGGCGUGCACUGACACCCACACUUCGCCUAUGGUGUGCACUGACGCCCACACCUCGCCUAUGGUGUGCACUGACGCCCACACCUCGACUAUAGUGUGCACCGACACCCACACCUCGCCUAUGGUGUGCACUGACACCCACACCUUGCCUGUGAUAUGCGCUAACACCCACACCUCUCCCAUUCACGCUCACCUAAGGUGCCCCUCCAAGCACAAUCCAAGGCCCUGCCACAACCCACACUGCUACCAGCAGCGUUACCACACACACCAAGAGGAUGACACUGACCACAUACUCCGACGCACCACACCCGUCUAACCUCCCUUACAAGCACUACGGCUCGUAGCUCUGCGUUGUUUUUUGAUAGCUUUGUUAUAUAUACUAUACCCAUCCUGUAGAAGGUAGGCACAAUAUGACAGAGGCGCAUAAUGGGACCAGGAACUGUGUACUCGUGUAAGGAUAGCUAAGCAAUUGCAGAGGUAACGAACUAUUAACAAAAUCUGAUGAUUAUAAUCGUAACAAGUUGAUAAUGCAGACACAAAUUUAGACACAAAGCAUUGCAAUGUAGUUUGUUUUUGUAGGAUAUGGUUAAAUUUUGGAUGUCAUCCAUCGAGGACACGGCAAAUAUCCAAGAAGAUAUAUAAACCAAGUUUUCCAGUGGGCAACGGAGAACAAUAUGAUGUUCAAUGAAGACAUUUCAACUACUCCAUUAUGGAAAACUGGAGGAAAUAAUAACUAGAAUUGAGUAUACUACAAACUCUAAUCACACAACAGAGCGGAAAAGUAAUGUGAAGGACCUGGGAGUGGUAAUGUCCGAAGAUCUCGCCUUCAAGGACCACAAACAAUGCCACUAUCACAUCUGCGAGGAAACUGAUAGGAUGGAUAAUGAGAACAUUCAAGACAAGAGAUGCCAAGCCAGUGAUGAUCCUUUUUAAAUCACUUGUUCUCUCUAGGCUGGAAUACUGCUGUACAUUAACUUCCCCAUUCAAGGCAGGUGAAAUUGCAGAUUUGGAGAAUACACAGAGAACCUUUACUGCACAUGUAAGUUCCAUCAAACACCUUAACUACUGGGAACGCCUAGAAGCACUUGACUUGUACUCAUUGGAGCGCAGGAGAGAGAUACAUCAUAAUCUACAUCUGGAAGAUCCUGGAGGGACUGGUCCCUAAUCUACACGCAGAAAUCACUCCCUACGAAAGCAAAAGACUUGGCAGGCGAUGCAACAUACCCCCAGUGAAAAGUAAGGGUGCCAUUGGUACACUAAGAGAAAACACAAUUAAGUGUCCGGGACCUAAGACUGUUUAACAGCCUCUCAACAGCCAUGAGGGGCAUUACCAAAAGACCCCUGGUUGUCUUCAAGAGAGAGCUGGACAGAUACCUAAAGUCAGUGCCGGUUCAGCUGGGCUGUGGUUCGUAUGUUGGACUACGUGCGGCCAGCAGUAAUAGCCUCGUUGAUCAGGCCCUGAUCCACCAGGAGGCUUGGUCAUGGACCGGGCCGCGGGGGCGUUGAUCCCCGGAAUGCCCUCCAGGCCAGAGGACCAGUAGCUGUACCUCAACCCACGCCAGAAGCCCAGUAACUGUAGCUCAACCCACGCCAGAAGCCCAGUAAGUGUAGCUCAACCCACGCCAGAAGCCCAGUAAGUGUAGCUCAACCCACGCCAGAGCUUCAGUAACUACCGCAACCCACGCCAGAGGCACAGUAGCUGUACCUCAACCCACACCAGGGGCCCAGUAGCUGUACCGCAACUCACGCCAGAGGCCCAGUAGCUGUACCUCAACCCACACCAAGAGGCCCAGUAGCUCACCCACGCCAGAAUAGCAUCUCAACUCCAAUAAGACUUUAAGUCAAAGUUUUCCAAGAGGUCCAGGAGCUGAAGAUAAACACUACGGAGGCCCAGAAGCUGGAAUCCAACCUAUUCAAACACUGAAAAUGUUUAUGCAGUAACAGAAAAUUAAGGCAGCGCCAAGACGCAUGGUACUACUGUAUAAUCUAUGUGAUUGUACAUGCGUCCGUGUUUCACGGACUAACACACCAUGAAGCACAUCAGCUACAGCUGCUGUAAAUAAUUUUAAUACAUAAGUUUAUCGGUUAUAAUUAUAACCUUAAUUUUUAAAGGGUGACCGGAAAGCCAGCGGGAGGCCUCGGUCAGGUGACCAAAAUUAUAAUCAAAACUAAGCGCUAAACCCACAUGGGUCAUACAGCACUGCCAGAUGACCAAAAGCUCCAGCUGUGGAUCAUCAUAUGAUUAAGACGCGUCAGGAAACACUUAACCGGUUUCUUGACAAACCUUACCUAACUUAACCUUAAUUCAUAACAUUAAUGGGUCGUCGACAGACUGAGACUCGAGUCAGGACUGUCCUAACCAAUAUUAUAACUAAUUCAUAAGAAUACGUCUACACCAAGAGCAUAUUUCUCAAUGUAUAUAUACGAACGUUUACUUUAAUUACUUUUAAUUAGAAAUUAAAAUGCUUUUAACUAGUGGUAAAUAAUACAUGCAGCUUUAAUGGCCCUCUUGUAGUCGACAGACUAAACUCCAUUAAUCAACUAACCAAAUUCAUAAAUACCUAAAAAAAAACUGAAGGUAUUUGUUAAAGAUAGUUUAUGAAAGUUUGAGUACUCACCCGAUGGCAAACUUUUAUAACUGUCAAAUUUCAACAUACUGUAAAAGAGGUAAAUUCAUUUUUUUUUCUUCCCAUAAUUGAUAAAUGGUUAACUUUAUUUCUACAAAGUACAAUUUAUAAUUGAUUCAAGAUUGGUCGACAUUACUGACGUAUCCUAUAGAAAGCCCUGCAGCGCUGUAUAGCCCUUGUGGCUUAGCGCUUCUUUUUUAUUAUAAUAAUAUAGAAAGCCCUUAGUUAUGUAGAGCAUUUCGGGCAGCCUUAAAAUAAACUUAUAAGUACUACUGGAUUUUUUGCUAAACAGUUUGUCAUAACGUUUGUGGAGGUUAUUACAAGUGUUGGUGAAAUACAAGUAUAAAUACUUUUCUAUUUCAGUAUUAUUGCAAAGGACAUACAAAAAUCUUAAGGCCCUGAGCAUACAUCUUGGGCAAAACUUACACUAUAUUAUGUACUUAAAAUUUAGUAUUUUAUUUUAUUUUUUUCAAGGCUCUAAUACACAAUAAGAAAAUAUAAAUACAAUUAUCUAUUUUAGCAGGGUGAGUGGUACUAGUUACUUAAAUUACAAUACAAAUCGAGACAGAAUAAGUUUAUUCAACAAUAUAUAACAGUUGAAAGAAAGUUGACACAAGAACAUGGAUAACAUUAGAUGAAAACAGAUGGUUUCAGGAUUUAUCAUAUUAUACUGUUAUCAAGAUUAUAUUAAGGUAAGGAAGUGUUUUUUAAGUAUUGUGUUAACUAAAUGUGCUGUAGUUAAAUUGUUGAUUUGCAGCAAUUUAACUACAAAAAUGUGCCAACUUGUGUUUUGUUCAAUAAAUGAACAUGUUAUUUAUCAAUGUUUAUAAUGCUGAACAGCAUAAAAAUAACCAAGAAAAUAGUAUUAAUAUAGUUG